UAAAUUUAUAAUUUAUCUUUGUUAUCACUUGAAUUAUUCCGUUAAAUUUGUUUUAUGAAUAUGUUGAGAAGGUCAAAUCGGAUAAUGUUUAAAGUUGAAAACUGAUGAAAACAGUUUUCAACCAUAACGGUAUAUUUACCGUAGAGCUUAACCAGAACCAUUGAUAUCUCAUAAAUUCUGGACCAAAGGAGAUGAAAUAGAGUUUCAAAAACAAGAAGGGUGCUUCUGAUAAUUACUAGAAACUCCAGGGUUUCUGGCGUAAAAGUAUUUCUUUAAGCAGUAAAACAAAUAACUGAACCCAUCCAGUGCCGCACGCGCCCCCAAAGUCUGAGGCUCUGCUAGGGUUUUGUGUGGUUAACGUUGCGUUGGAUGUGUCGAUAGAGUCUAUUGGCGAAGCUCUUUGCGUUCCAUUGUGGACGUCGCGAUGGCGGGUUCACGAGUUCAACAGAACAAGGCACAUAAAACUCGCUUUGCUUCGAAAUCGUCUCGCAACGUUCACAAAAUUCCUCUCAAAGACAAGAGCAAGAAUGCAAAAUCUGAGCGCAAUGUAGCUAAAGGAGCUCGGGCAGCUCGAAUUCAGCGCAACAAGAUGAUGAGGGAGCAGAAACGGGCAGCCCUUUUGAAAGAGAAACGGGCCUCCAGUGGAUCAACUAGUCCUCCACGUGUUAUUGUACUUUUUGGCCUUUCUGCUAUCGUGAACCUCGAUGCACUUGAAGAAGAUAUCUUGGCAUUAUUAUUAAAUGAGGGAACUGGAAUUGUGUUUCCUGCAGUUGCUUCAUCUGAGUACAAGCUGAGAACAACGGUCCUCAAGGCACCUCAUGGUGAUUUGUUAGCAUGCAUGGAAAUGGCCAAGAUUGCCGAUUUGAUUGCUUUUGUAGCAUCUGCAAGCUCUCCUUGUCAAGAUGACAGUUCUGAUUAUUAUAUUGAUUCAUUUGGAUCUCAAUGUUUGUCUGUGUUUAGAGCUCUUGGAUUACCAAGCACUGUGGUGUUAAUUCGUGAUCUACCCAACGAUUUGAAGAGAAGACAUGAUUUGAAGAAGACAUGUACUUCUAUCCUGGCUUCUGAAUUUCCUGAGGACUGCAAGUUUUAUGCGGCAGAUACAAAGGAUGAGUUGCAUAAGUUCAUGUGGCUUUUCAAGGAGCAAAGGCUUACAGUUCCUCAUUGGCGUAACCAACGGGCUUACCUAAUGGCUCAAAGGGUUGAUUUGGUAUCUGAUGAUUGCAAUUCUGAAACAUGCACCCUCAUCCUCACUGGUUAUCUCCGUGCUCGCAAUCUUUCAGUAGAUCAGCUGGUUCAUGUUUCAGGUGCUGGGGAUUUUCAAAUGUGCAAAAUUGAAAUUCUCAAGGAUCCAUGUCCUUUGAAUGUGAGAAAAGGGGACUUCAUGGAUUCGGAUGAAGUACAUGAUGUGCAGGUCAUCAAUGCCUUUAAUCCUGAUCCGUUGAAGCAAGAACCUUUGCUUAUUGAAAAUGUUCCUGAUCCUCUGGCAGGAGAACAGACUUGGCCAACAGAGGCAGAAAUGGUUGAAGCAGAUAGAAAUCACAAGGAGAAAAAGCUGAAAAAGAGGACCCUUCCUCGGGGCACUUCUGAAUAUCAGGCUGCUUGGAUUGUGGAUGAUUCAGACAUGGACUAUUCAGAUAGUGAUGAUGAUGCAGACGAUGUUGGUAUGGUACUGGAUUCCAGAGAGAGUGGUAAUCCGGGCCAAGAGGGCCAUUUUGAGUUGGACCUUGAUGAUGACCAAGCAUCUCUUAUACUCAAUAGAGAAUCAGAUGAAGAAACUGAAGUUGAUUCUGUGAUGAUGGAAGGCGAGGAAAUGACAAAGGAGCAGAUAGAGGAUGAGAUUCGAAAAAUUAAAGAUAAGCAUGCUGAAGAUGAAGAGUACCCCGAUGAAGUGGAUACCCCGUUAGAUGUUCCUGCUCGAAAGCGUUUUGCUAAAUAUAGAGGCCUCAAGUCUUUCAGAACCUCCUCAUGGGACCCAAAAGAAUCUCUACCUCCAGAAUAUGCCAGAAUUUUUGCAUUUGAUAAUUUCGCAAGAACACAGAAACAUGUUCUUGCUAAAGCUCUAGAAAUGGAGCAAGGGAGCAUGAACGAAUAUAUACCAACAGGCUCUUAUGCAAGACUUCAUAUUAAGGAAGUUCCACGCGCUGUUGCUUCCAAAUUAUGUGAUCUUGCAAAGACAAUGCCCGUAACUGCAUGCGGCCUCCUGCAACACGAGUCCAAAGUUUCUGUCCUUCACUUCAGCAUAAAGAAGCAUGAUACGUACACUGCUCCCUUAAAAGCCAAAGACGACUUCAUAUUUCAUGUUGGUUUCCGCCAAUUUGUCACAAGGCCAAUAUUUUCUUCUGACAAUAUUAAUUCAGACAAGCACAAGAUGGAGAGGUUUCUUCAUGAAGGACGGUUUUCCAUAGCUUCAGUAUAUGCCCCAAUUUCUUUUCCUCCUCUGCCUUUAAUUGCCCUUAAAAAGGAGGGAGAAGCUGCCUUACCUGUUGUUGCUGCCAUUGGUUCAUUGAGAAGUGUUGACCCGGAUAGGAUUAUUCUGAAGAAAAUCAUUUUAACUGGUUACCCUCAACGAGUAUCAAAAUUAAAAGCCUCAGUAAGAUAUAUGUUUCAUAAUCCAGAGGAUGUGAGAUGGUUCAAGCCUGUGGAAGUAUGGACGAAAUGUGGACGCCGUGGUCGCAUUAAGGAACCUGUUGGUACACAUGGGGCCAUGAAGUGUCUCCUUAAUGGGGUCCUCCAGCAGCAUGACACUGUAUGCAUGAGUUUGUAUAAGCGCACCUAUCCCAAGUGGCCACAACAUUGGUUCCCACUUGGUGGCACUUGAUGAUCAUAGGGUUGGCUGGUGCUGAGUUUGAAUGGUUCAUUGGAGCACCAGAAAAGAGGUCAUGUUCGUUCAUGAUGGGAAUGAAGCUUUGGUUCAGAUUGGCUAUUCAAAUUUCGCGUUUGCUGGCAAGUUGAAUGCGGUUGAGUAAGAAGAGUCAAUAGUUUUCCCCAGUUAUAUGGGAAACAAAAAAUUUUGCUUGUAUUGUCUGUCAUUUCGCAACUUUAUUCUUUUGGUGUGUGCGUUAAUAUAUCUAAGAGGUUAGGGUAUAAUUUAAAGAAAGUAAAUUGUACCUUGGGAGCUGCUUUUGAUAACACCCUUUAGGUGUACUGGGGUGAGGCUAUCUUAAUGUUUUCUCUAA